AUGGCCGACACAAACGACGCGGCAUCGCCGCUCAAGAUCAACAUCAAGGGUCCCUCGGAUCUCAAGCUCAGCAUCGACAUCACCUCGGAUCAGACCGUGCGCCAGCUCAAGGAGGCCAUCGAAAAGCAGAAGCCCGACAUCCCCGCCGACGCCCAGAGGCUCAUCUACGCCGGCAAGGUUCUCAAGGACGACGAGACGCUUUCGGUGUACAAGGUCAAGGACGGCAACACUGUGCACAUGGUCAAGUCGGCUGCUCGCUCCGCACCCACCACGGGCAACCCUUCUGUGCCCGGAACCGCUCCAAGCGCAAGUGGAACUUCGACCAAUGCCGCCUCGUCGCAGUCGCAGGGUGUUCCCCAAAACUUUUCCGCAGGUCAGAACUUUACCAACAAUCCACUCUCGGCCUUGAAUCGCGCUGACUAUGCCGGUCCGCACAUGGCCCGUCUGCUCAACGAGAGCGGUGGUGCGUUCGGUGGCAUGGGCCUCAACCCACGCGACCCCAACAUGAUGAUGGGUCUCAUGCAGAAUCCCGAGGUGCAGCGUCAGAUGCGCGACAUGAUGUCGCGUCCCGAAUUCAUCGACCAGAUGAUCGCCAUGAACCCUCAGCUACAAGGCAUGGCCCCACAGAUGCGCGAGAUGAUGCGAUCCGAACAGUUCCGCGAGAUGAUCACCAACCCAGAGACCAUGCAGCGGAUGGCGCAAAUGUCACAGAUGAUGGAGAGCGCCGGAAUGGACAGCAUGGGAGGUCUUGGUGGCCUGGGCGGCCUCGGUGGUCUCGGCGCUGGUGCCGGCGGCAACAACGCUGGCGGUCAGUGGCCUCCUCCUGGUGCAUUUGGCGAGACCGGAAGCAACAACAACGCAAACAAUAACAACAAUGGCGGCAGCGGCGCAGGUAAUGCUCCAGGUGGUCCAGCGGCGAAUCCUUUUGGAGAUCCCGCAUUCCUUCAACAACUGCUCGGAGGCGGUGGAGGCGGAGCUGGAGGCCUGGGUGGACUAGGUGGACUGGGUGGACUCGGAGGCCUUGGAGGUCUUGGAGGAUUCGGCGGUGCAGGCGCGGCAGCAUCGCGCGACACUCGCCCGCCUGAGGAACGCUUCUCGUCGCAGCUCGAGCAGAUGCAGGCUAUGGGCUUUUACGACGGACAGGCCAACGUCCGAGCUCUUCUCAUGGCAGGCGGAAGCGUGGAGGGCGCUAUCGGCAUUCUUCUCGACAACCCGAACCCUCCGGCACAGGGUAACUGA